GGAGGCGCAGCGACUCCACCGAGCGGCGCUCCACAGCGCGCCGCCGGCAAAGGAGCAAAACUCGAGCGAGAAGGAGCGGCGGAGACCGCGGCGUCCCGGCUGCCCCUGGCUCCCCGUGGCUCCCCGUGGCUCCCCCUGACUCCUCCUGGCUCCACCUGGCUCCCCCUGGCUCCACCUGGCUCCCCCCGGCUCCCCCUGGCUCCACCUGGCUCCCCCGGGCUCCCCCUGGCUCCCCGUGGCUCCCCCUGGCUCCACCUGGCUCCCCCUGGCUCCACCUGGCUCCCCCUGGCUCCCCCCCCCCCUGGAGCUGACUGCGCAGGGCGCCCGCUCGCCAGGUCGGCACACAUCUCUCGUCUCCCCCCCCCGUGCAAGCUCCCCCCCCCACCCCCCCUGCUCGGGGCCCAUCAUGGAGAGCGCCAUCACGCUGUGGCAGUUCCUGCUGCAGCUGCUGCUGGACCCGAGGCACGAGCAGCUCAUCCGCUGGACCUCGGCGGACGGGGAGUUCAAGCUGCUGCAGGCGGAGGAGGUGGCGCGCCUGUGGGGGCUGCGCAAGAACAAGACCAACAUGAACUACGACAAGCUGAGCAGGGCGCUCAGAUACUACUACGACAAGAACAUCAUCAAAAAGGUGAAUGGACAGAAGUUCGUCUACAAGUUCGUGUCAUUCCCCGACACCAUGAAGGCCGACGGCCUGCAGGGCCGUGCCUGCGGGGUCAACGGCGGGGUCAGCGGCGGCGGCGGUGACCUCUCACCGAGGCCUCUCACCGGGAGCCAGGGCCCCGAGCCAGCUUCCGGCGACUACCGCACGCUGCCGCCCGCACCAUUCAUCAAGGCCGAGCCGUGCAGCCCCACGCCUGCCCAGCAACGGCAGCUGCUCGACGAAAAUGAUGACGACGACGAUGAAGAGGAGGAGAUGGGUGCAGAGGACGAGGACGACGAUGAAGACGUGGACCGCGAUGAGGAGGAGGACGACGACGAUGAGGAGGAGGAGAUGUCUUUGUUGUCGUCGGCAAUGGCGUACCGCGUGGGCCCGCUGGGCCGGGCCCUGGCCGGAGGCCUCCACCCGGCGCUGGCGCUCUACGCUCUCAAGAGAUCCGGGGGGACCCUGCGCGCGGUCAAGAGCGAGGGGUUCGACGGCCCCUGCAGGACGGUGGUCUCCCAGCAGCAGCACCACCACCACCACCAGCACCACCACCAGCACCACCACCAGCAGCAGCAGUGGCACCAGCAGCGGCAGCAGCGACUGCCGGAAGCUCCCGAUGACGACGAGCAACCGCUAAACCUGAAGGUGCAGAGGGGUCCCGUGCAGCCGCGUGGUGGUGGCAGCGGUGGCGCCGCCUCCGCGGGGGUCAUCGUGUCGCCAGCGGCAUCCGGGGGCCGCGCCAAGGCCCGACCGCUAGGCCUCGAGCUUGCGCCGCACGCUCAGCUGCUGCUGCAUGCGCAGGGCGGGGACGCGGGCCCCCCACACAGCCCCUCGCUGCAGCCCCUGCUGUGCGGGGCCCUUGCGCAGGGCUUCUACGGCCCCAACACCUCGGUGCUGCUCACGCCAAGUCCGCUGCUGCCCUCGCUGCACUUCUGGAGCACGCUGAGCCCCCUGCCCCCACGCAGCCCCGGGGGGCGGCUCACGGGUUCGCACCUCGCCUUCCAGUUCCCUCCCCUGGGCGCUGCCCCCCUGCUCGGCCUCCCCAUGCCAGGAGUAGACGGGGGCCCGGGCUCCCUGCUGGUGGCUCACGGCUCCCAAAAAGUGUGACUGAACCGCACCUGGCCACACCUGGACAGGGCGUGGGGGAGGGGAAUGGGGAACGAGGGGGGGGGGGGCUCCGCGGAGGGCAAGGAAUUGAGGGGGGCACGACAUCAGCCCCCUUCCUCACCACCCCGUCUGUUUGGAGGCGCUUGAUUUUGGGUGAAUUGCACUCCCUCUCGCUGUCUCCCUUUAGCACCCCACUGCCUCGUCCCACCCCAGACACGCACAUUCGACCCCCCACUCCACCACCUCAUUGGUCUUUGCCACCUCAAUAAGGAAGGGGGGCGGGUGGUGAGGAGUGGGAGGUGACAAUGGGGUGCUCGAUUUCCCCACCCCCCAACCCCCAAAUUGGCCCGGACUGUGGUUUCCCUCUGCGCACGAACCACUGUCUAAAUGUGGGUCGGAGAAUGAUGAUGGUGGUGGUGCUGAUGGUGCUGCUUGUGAUGAUGCUGAUGAUGAUUUGGCCGACGACGUUGCUCGGUGCUAAGUGGGACUCGCUCUCUCGUCUCAUCAUUCUCGGAGUCUUCGUCUUACGCUCAUGUGACUUGCGCAAAUGCAGCUCAGAACAACAUUCUUAUGAAACGAAAAGAAGAAUCAUAAUAAUGAUGGAUUUUGGAAUCGAAUCACGAACCGAAAUCUAAUUUGAAUACGUGGCAGUCAAUCGCAUCGCUGGGGUGGGGGACAGUGGUGAAUUGUAUUACUUCCCUGUGAUUAGACCAAUGACCCCACUACUGCAUUUGGGGGCAUUUGGGGGGGGGUGUAGUUGGGGGGCAGCUAAGGGCAGCUUCAGAGCAGUCAUGGCCCAAAUGUUCCAUAUUUGGCUGUCUCGUGGCAAGUUCUGUCAGCACACACACACAGACACAUGGCCCAGCCGCUUGUUGCAGAGGUUUGCGGUUUGAAUCCGGCAGGCCACCCUGACUAAUACUAAGGAUGUAUUAACCAUGACAAUACCACGUGCCCAGCCGCUUGUUGCAGAGGAUGAGGUUUGAAUCCGGCAGGCCACCCUGACUAAUACUAAGGAUGUAUUAACAAUGACAAUACCACGUGCCCAGCCGCUUGUUGCAGAGGUUUGCUGUUUGAAUCCGGCAGGCCACCCUGACUAAUACUAAGGGGUGUAUUAACCAUGACAAUACCACGCGUUGUCUGCUUCACAGUGGACACUAAAGAUCCCGUGACGUUAUUCGCAAGAGUAGGCCAUUGUGUGACGGUGUCACGGUUCAAAUUUUUAACAAAUGACACCCCCGAGUUACUCAAUUUGAAUCUACGUCGCCAAUCAUCGUUGCCUACAGCGAAUACUUGGCAAGACCCUCCGUGAGAGUCAGAGAGGCUUUCUUGGGUUAACCAAGUGGAAUGGUAGAUUUUUUAUGUAUAUUAAACAAUAUAAAAAAAAAAUUUAACCAGGUAAGGCCCACUGAGUUAUAUAUCUUCUUUUUCAGAAGCGACUUGGCAACAAAUGAUAUCUGAACGAAGUGGCUUAUCGCGUGGAUAUUUAUAGCAGCCAAAAUCCGGAGGCCCUGGAGAAAAAUCCACACGACCAAAGGGAGAACAUGCAAACUCCAAAUAUACAGGCAUCAGGGUCGGGAUCGAACCCACGACCUCCUGUAUACCACGUGGGGUAAUAAUCGAUUGAGGCAGAGUAGAGGUAUCUAGCAGGGCCCAGCUGUACCACGAAAAAUACAAUGAGACCUUUAUCAUCAUUAGCAUCAUCAUCAACAACAGCAGCAGCAAUGUUAUUGUUAUAUGCAAGUGAAUAUUUUAUAUGCAGUACUAAAACUUGUUUUUUUUUACAAUGUAAAUAUAUACAAUCUCGACUCUUUUGUAUUCGACAAUGUUUAUACGAAUAUUUUUGUACAGGAAUAUCUCUGAAUUUAAAGUUGAUUGUGCGUGUGUUUUUAACAGGGGAGUUGCUCGGCAGCAUUGAUGACGUCGUCACUCCCGUUGUUGUUGAUGUUGUUGAUGUUGUUGCGAGUCGGAGAUAACCAGGUUCCGUAGUAGUUGUUGGAUACAAUGAGGAACCCCCCCCCCCCCCACAACUCAAACUCGAGCUGCCACCCCCUCCUCCCCCCUCCCCCACCUCGUCUACAGCGGCCACGUGGAAGUCAGUCGCUCACUUCACAAUCAAAUCAAUUUGUCAAUCACGAAUCGUGCCGAAUAUCUAAAGCCAUGGGGAGGGGGGGGGCUGUUUAUCCACCGGAGGAGAACAAAAUAAAUCGAAUAGAUUUUUGUGUUAAUGUCCAAAUUCCGGAAGAAUCCGCACACCCGUUGGGGAAACAAACCCGUCGCCGCUUUGCGCCCGAAAAUCGGCGGGGGGAAAAAGAAAAUGUUUCCGUUCAACAAAAAAAGUCCCCACCAAAUGCGUCGCUUUACGACUAAAAUCGGUGGAAAAUCCUCGCGCUCCCACCGCCACCACGGGCAGCGCGCGGUGACGCGGGCGGGGGGAGGUCGUCGCUCCCUCUCUUCACCUGGGUUUGGAGUCGAACUUUGACGGCGCGUGCGGGGGGGGAGGAGAGGGGUGGGUGGGCGAGGGCUGCUGGGCAGACCCCGCGCGGGUGUGUUUGUGUGUGUGAGUGUGUUUGUGUGUGUGAGUGUGUUUGUGUGUGUGAGUGUGUUUGUGUGUGCGAGUGUGUCUGUGUGAGUGUGUUUGUGUGUGAGAGUGUGUUUGUGUGUGUGUUUAUGUGUGAGAGUGUGUUUGUGUGUGUGAGUGUGUUUGUGUGUGCGAGUGUGUUUGUGUGUGUGAGUGUGUUUGUAUACGUAGUGAGAGGUGGGGGUCUACCAUCAGCCACACUAAAAUCAAGCACCUGCCUGGAUAUUUUGUAUCAUCCAAUAGAGUACUCAGCCCCCUCAACACCCAAUGAGUGAUGGGGCAGUUGUGCAAAGACUGGAGACGUUUUCCGACCUGGGUAAUGAUCAACUCCGGUUUGGCAGCAGAGGUCUCACUCCGAAUGCUGUUUGGAAGCUACGUGGUCUGUCGCUCCACACGAAGCUCCGGGUCUUCUCGACCACAGCCAUGCCCUCCCUUCUCUUUGAUUGUGGAACGUGGAACCCCUCUAAUGGAAACAUCUGCGCCGGUUUGAAACUUUGAGGCUGACCUGCCUGCGAUCCAUCAUGGGUUUAACCAGGCUGCAUUAUGUGAGGAGCUCACAAAUCUUUAAAAGAUCUGGACACAUUUCCAUCAGUGAGUUUCUCAGACGGUCAAGGCUGCGUUGGCUGAGUCAUGUCGCCCGCAUGCCCAGCCACUCAUCCCCAAGUAGCUUCUGUUUGGCCAGAUAGAGGGGGCUGAAGAGGCACGACACGGGCUAGGGAAGAAAUGGACUGAUGCGGUACGGGGGGAUGAGGGAACCGAGUGUCCUUUCGGAAGGCCGGUGUCAAGAUCGGCCUCUAUGGAGGAAUGCUCGUGAAGGAUGCUACUGGGUAGUUGGAUAGAGGCAGUCGCCCUCCAACAACAACGGAGGGCAGAGGAGCGACCCCUACAACGAGCGGAACGCCGUGCGGAUAAAAUACAGCAAGUUGGCACAGUAGGGGGCACAGUCAUCUCAGUCAACCGAUGACACUUGGGUCUGUCCCGCGACCUGUCUGCGAGCCUUCGA